UAAAUGAAUAUUAUGAUUCGACCAUCUCCGAUUUACACGUGAAAAUCAAAUCAGACGCUCCGUCCUUCUUCUUCUUCUUCUUCUUCUUCUUCUCCUUCUCCUUCACCAUCUUCGGUUCAUUCAGAUACGCAGCCUUAAACUCAUCCAUAUUCUGCUGUAAUUUCAACUUACAGCUUCCGAAUCCACCUUCCAUAGAUGGCAAACCAAGGUGCAAAGAAGCGCAAGGAAGAGAACGCUCGUCAUAUGGCGAAUCUCCGUCGUCUUAUCAUAGCCUGCAACGUUAUCUAUAUAUUGGUUCGGAUGCUGAUUUUUCAUUCAAGUUUCACCUGGAAACACUGGAUUGGUCUAAUUGUCACAUCUGUAGCUUAUUUUAUUCCUUACAACCAACUUGAAAAAAUGGCAAAGCCGACCUAUGGUGAUGAUGGUGAACUUCUAGAUGGUGGAUUUGAUAUGAGUACUGAUGGAAUUUGUGGCUACAUGCAUGAUGUGAUCUACAUUACAAGCUUUGUGCAAAUAAUGUCAAUCCUCUCCGGGAAGUUUUGGUACACCUACCUUGUGAUUCCAGCAUUCGGAGUAUAUAAAUCUUCUGGUUUAAUUCGAGGUUUGUUGUCGCAAGGUUCUGAGGAUGAACCCGAGGAUGAGAAGACUCGCAAGAAGAGGGAAAAGAUGGAGAAGAAAGCUUCAAGAGUGAAAUUUGUGAAGACUAAGAAUAGAUAAUCUUUUCUUCAAAAUGAAAAACUAAUCAACUUAAGUUAUCAAAUGCAAAAAUUGAGGAAAUGGAGUGAAGACACAGUGAAGUUAUAGGGUACCAUUUGAAGUUAAUUUAAGUAUGAGAGGCUGAAACAGUUCAUUGUAAAAACUCUUAUUCAGUCAACUGAGGAUUUAGAAGGUUCCGUCGAGAAUCCUCUUUCAAAAUGACAUCAACAGGUACACAACUUUUGCAGCUUUGGUUUCAUUUGGAAGAGAGAGAUAUCAAAGCAAUAGAGUUUAAAAUCUCUUUUAAA